AUGGCUGAGCACGAAGCCCGACAGGCCACCCUCGAGCCCGUCUCGCGGCCGCUGGCGCUGAUCCCCGUCGUGAUCAAGGAGGCCGCGCUCGACUCGCCGACGUUCCGCGCGACGGCGGUCCACUUUGGCGACCAGAUGGAGCUCGUCGAGCGCUGGCUCGACUCGUACGUGCGCGCGACCUCGAGGCUCGCGUCGGAGCUCGGCACGCUCCAGAGCAUCGUCGACAGCUACGUGCAGGCCUCGCACCCGCCGCUGCAGCUGUCGGAAGCCAUCAUCGACCACGACUACACGGUGCUCGCGCUCAAGCGGUUCGGCGAGGGCGCGCGCGAGUACUGGAACAGCACCUGUCGCAGCCUGAAGAAGGCCGAGACGACCGUCUGCGAGCCGAUCCGCGCGUUCCUGGCCAACGACCUCCGGGUCCUCAAGGAGGCCCGCAAGAACCUCGACGCCACGCAGCGCGCCUUUGACGGCGCCAUGGCGCGCUAUGCCGGCCAGGUCAAGUCCAAGGAGCCGUCGUCACUGCGCGAGGACGCGUUCCAGCUGCACGAAGCGCGGCGCGCCUACCUGCAGGCGAGCAUGAACUUCUGCAUGCUCGCGCCGCAGGUGCGUCUGACGCUGGACAAGGUGCUCGUCGACGCCGUGCACGAGCAGUGGCGCGACAUGAAGACGGCCAAGGACGCGCCCGCCAAGGCCUUUGCCCUGGGCAACACGGACAUCGAGCGCGUGCGCGGCUGGCGCAGGGAGAUGGAGAACGGCGAGCGCGUCUUCAAGCGCGAGCUGCAUCUGGCGCGGCAGCAGGUCGAGCACGCCGCGGAGCUGGCGGCGCGGCCGUCGCGCGACCUCGACGGCUACGCGGCCUCGACGGUCGCCUACCUGCGCAACCCCGGCCCGUCGUCGGCCGGGCUGCCGUCGCCGGCAAACGCCGACCCCGCCGGCGAGAGGGCCGAGAAGCAGGGCUGGCUCUUCCAGCGGACCAUUACGGGCAAGCCCGCGCGCACAUACUGGGUGCGGAGGUGGUUCUUCGUCAAGGACGGCAUCUUCGGCUGGCUCACGCAGGGCACCCGCUCAGGCGCCGUCGAGGAGUCGGAGAAGAUUGGCGUGCUCCUGUGCGGCAUCCGGCCUGCGUUCCAAGAAGAGCGCCGGUUCUGCUUCGAGGUCAAGACCAAGGACACGACCAUUCUGCUGCAGGCCGAGACCCAGUCCGACAUCACCGAGUGGAUAGCGUCCUUUGAGGUCGCCAAGCGCAAGGCCCUGGAGGAUACGUCAAACAGCGUGGCGUCGCAGGGCGCCGUCGACGCUGCCUUCUCAAUCAGUCCGCCCGUCGCGCCCGAGUUUGCUGCCAAGACGUCAGAAGGGCACGCCGGCCAUCCGAGCGACGACCUGGGCGGCAUCGACCGUGCAGAGACGUCCCUCGGCAUACCUGGAGGCGAGGCGUCGCGUGGUGCGAGCGUGGAUCUCUCUCGGCGAGCCACUGGGCUGGACAGAGAUGGCGAAACGGGCCGGCGCGACCACGCUGCGCGAAUCAUGGAGAAGCUUGACUUGUCGCGCAAGUCGACAGCCGGGCCACAGCUCAGCGGGAGCAACCCCUCGUCCGCCACAGGCGGCAUUGCCAGCCUCAUCUCCGCCAGUCUUGCUUCGGCGAGCCACAACAUUGUACAGGUCGGGCAGAUUGCCGCUCCAGCGCCAGGCCUGCCAGACACACGACUCGUCAUGGGCCAGACGCUCCCGUACACCAGUCUUUCGCCGAGCACGCUCGCCAACCCACCUGCGCCGACCAACCUCAGCAAAGCGGCAGUGGCCGUCAGCGGAGAGCGGGGACUCGGCAUCGGCAGGUCUGGCAACAUGCCUGGAGGUCUGAUGGCCAACCUGUGGGGCUCGGUGAACUGGGGCUACGUGAACAAGAUUGGCAAGCCCGAGGAGCCGGGGACGCGCGACCGCAGCGUAUCCGGGCCGCCGAGCCCCACCAAGUCGCCUGGCGAGCCCCUCGAGAGCAAGUCCGGUGCUGCCAAAAACCAAGAGGCAUCGCAGACGGCGCCGCCUGCGCCCCGCGCACAUCGCAAGACCAUCAGCCUCGGCGGUACGCUGAGCCGGCCCACCGUCUCGGAAGAGGGAUUCCCCAACCACUACCCGGCUGCACUGAGGAUGCAGGAUGCGCAGUUUAGGAUUCUCUUCCCCACCGUGCCUCGCGCCGAGAAGCUCGUGCUCGUCUUCCGCGCCGUGUGGAACCCGACUGAGCAGCAAGAGUUCCCAGGCCGUGUAUAUGUGACGACGGACGACAUUUACUUUUACAGCAACCACCUCGGUCUCGUGCUUGUCACGGGAAUCGUAAUGGGCCAGAUCGAUGAGGUCACUGCCGCGCCCGGCAAGGACUGCGAUUUCCUCUUCCUGCACUUCAAGACUGGCGCACGAGAGGAUGGCGCGAGCAGAAUCACCGUCAAGACCUUCCUCGAGCCCCUGAAGCUCUUGGAGCGGCGGCUCAACUUCCUGGUGCGCAACGCCACGACAGGCGAGCACGACCUGGAGCAGGUCAUCAAAGCCCUCAUCAGGAUGGAGACGGACGACAACCACCAGUCGUCGGCGGGCGAGGAAGGCUGGGAAGAGGUCUCGCCCGACACGCCGCACGACCAGGGGUACGGCGGGAAGAACAUCAAGACCAGUCUUCGCAUCGACGGCAAUCUCUUUGGGCCGUCAGGCGUCGGCGCCGGCAAGAGCACGGCCAAGUUCAAGCUGCCAUCGCAGCCGGUCGUCUUCGCCCCGGCUGGUAUGACGUGCGUGGCAGUCGAGAAAGAGUACGACAUCAGCGCAAAGGGUCUCUUCCACAUUCUGUUUGGCGACAAGAGCGCAGUCUUCCAGCUGCUGUACAGGGAGCGACUUGCAAAGCGCGUGGUGCAAGGCCCAUGGACCGCGACCGACAAGACCCGCCAGCGCCGUGACUUUGAGUACGAGAUUGUGCAACCGCGCAACAAGGGCGCCAACCUUGUCAUCAAUGACUGCCAGGUCAUCGAGGUCAUGAACGACCAUCUUUGCUACGUCGUGUCGGACAGGAAGACACCGUGGUACCUUCCAGGACACGAGCGCUUUGUGCUGCUCAGCAAGGUCGUCAUCACCCACGUGUCCAAGGCGAGGUGCAAGCUCGCUGUUCACACCAAAAUCGACUGGAAGCGCAACCCGCGCGUUGCGAAGAAGCUCAUUGAGCGCCAGGGUCUGCAAGACCUGGAGCUAGAGGCGCAGGAUCUUGUCGAUGUGGUCAACGAUCAGGUCGCUCGCCUUGGACACAACAGAAGCACCGCAAAGGUCACAAGCAUCUUUGGGCACAUCGGCCUGAGCACGCAGGCUGUGCAGAUGAACGCAGGAGACAUACCGCCGCCGAACCGCCCGCGCAAGUUCAAGCUGCGGCCCACCACGACAGGCUCCUUUAUUGCGCAGUACGUCGGCAAUGUCAUCAUCAGCGUCCUGUCGACUGUCAUGAGCUGGGUCCUGGCCAUGUUUGCAGGCGUCGUCAGUGUUGUCUCGGCACACAAGCUGCUCGUCGUGCUGCUGCUCGUGAGCGGAGGCGCAAACUUCUUCUACACCUCGAGGGGCAGCUGGGCAUGGUGGAACGAGCGAAACGCCGCAAGCUACAUGUCACGACUGGGUGUGGGGCCGUCGACGACCAUGACACGCUCAGUCUAUCUGCGCGACAUUGCCGAAGCCUUUGCCAAUCCCAACGACACCGGCAUCGAGCCUGCGCUGCCCACUGGCAGCAUCGCAGACAACAGAUGCCACCAGACCUUCAGCCACCUCCUCGACCACCCGUCCUCGUCGUCCCCGCCGUCGUCCUUGUACGACCCGACCACGCACAGCACGCGGCGUCUCGAGCGCACGCGGCGCAACCUAGGCGUCCAGCGCCACGACCUGCUCGUCGCGCUGCGCGUGGUCAACAGGAUCGAGCGCGAGGUCGUCGAGGCCGAGUACGAGCACUGGCUGCUGGACGAGACGCACAAGUGCGCCCGGGUCGGCACCAUGCUGGACGGCUCGAAGAAGCACGACCAGACUGUGCAGGCGUGGGUCAACGGGUACUGUGGGGAUUGUGAGGAGAGUCUUAGUCUGGUGAGGCAGGGGAGGAAGGGGUUGAUGUGA